AUGACAUUCGGUAUUCGAAAUCUCGUUGGAAUUCAUCGACUUCAUACCGGUCAAGAAAAUUAUUCUACUCCGUUAAUAUUUAAAACAUAUUCUCAAUGGUCUUAUUGGCAACGAAAAGCAUUUGAUUAUCUUAUUUGGUGUCAUGUAGCACAUGCACUUGAUUUUAGUGCUGCACUUUUAUGUUGGCUUUGGAUAUUUCCAAUAACAUUUCCUCAAGCACAUGAAUGGCAUAUAAAAUGGGUAUCACAAGUUUUUCUUUAUAAUUUAGCAUGUGAAUUUAUUAUUUAUUCAUUUUGGCAUUGGUUAACUUAUGGACGUACAAGUCCAUAUGCUCAAGGACCAUUAAAGGAAAAGAAAUUUAAUUCAACUAAUCCUUAUGAUGAUAAAAAGCAAGAUCAUCUAUUACGAGAAGUAACAUUUACAACACUUGGUUGGUUACAAUCAGCAUUUGUUCAAUGUGUUUUUAUGUGGUUAUGGGCUAGUGGUCGUUUACCGUAUUAUUAUGAUUUUUGGUCACGACCAUUUUUUUCAAUAUUUAUUCUUUUAGCUGUUACUUUUUGGAGAGAAUUUCAUUUUUACUGGAUUCAUCGUUUUAUGCAUCCAUGGUGGUCUGUUAAAAAUGGAUUAAGUCAAGGUGAUAUUGGUGCAUUUCUUUAUCGACAUUGUCAUAGUCUUCAUCAUAAAAGUCGUAAUCCUGGUCCUUGGUCAGGAUUAUCUAUGCACCCUGUUGAACAUUUCUUUUAUUAUACAUGUGCAUAUUUUCCAUUACUUUUUGCAUGUCAUCCGCUUCAUUUUCUUUAUGCAAAAUUUCAUGCUGAUAUUGCACCAAUUGGUGGCCAUGAUGGUUUCGAUGAUCCAGCUGGCGGAGGCGAUUUUCAUUAUCUUCAUCAUGCAUUUUUUGAAUGUAAUUAUGGAGUACCAUUAAUUGAUUUUGAUCGUCUAUUUGGUACAUGGAAAGACUAUGUUAGAAAACCAUCAGUAGAUGCAAAACGUGAAGACUAA